AUGCUUACUUUUCAUAAUGCCUGCUGGGUGCCCAGUUCCUUCCAGCUCAUUGGCAUUCCAGGGCUGGAGUCCCUGCACCUCUGGCUUUCCAUCCCUUUCGGCUCAAUGUACCUGGUGGCUGUGUUGGGGAAUAUGACCAUCUUGGCAGUAGUCAGGGUUGAGCGCAGCCUACACCAGCCCAUGUACUUCUUCCUGUGCAUGCUGGCUGUCAUUGACUUGGUUCUUUCGACUUCUACUAUGCCCAAAUUGCUAGGCAUCUUCUGGUUUGGUGCUGGUGACAUUGGUCUGGAUGCCUGCUUGGCCCAAAUGUUUCUCAUCCACUGCUUUGCCACUGUGGAGUCAGGAAUUUUCCUUGCCAUGGCUUUUGAUCGCUAUGUGGCUAUCUGUGACCCACUACAUCACACCUCAGUGCUCACCCAUGUGGUGGUGGGUCGUUUGGGACUGGCUGCCCUUUUCCGGGGCAUACUCUAUAUUGGACCCUUGCCUCUGAUGAUCCGAUUUCGCCUGCCUCUUUACAAAUCCCGGAUAAUAUCACACUCCUACUGUGAGCAUAUGGCGUUAGUUACUUUGACAUGUGGUGACAGCAAGGUCAACAAUGUCUAUGGACUGAGCAUUGGCUUUCUUGUGCUGGUUCUGGACUCAGCAGCCAUUGCUGCCUCCUAUGUCAUGAUUUUCCGGGCUGUGAUGGGGCUAGCUACUCCUGAGGCCAGACUGAAAGCUUUGGGGACAUGUGGUUCUCACAUCUGUGCCAUCCUUAUUUUUUAUGUUCCCAUUGCUGUUUCUUCCCUUAUUCACCGAUUUGGUCACUAUGUAUCUCCUCCAGUCCACACCCUCCUGGCCAAUUUCUAUCUUCUCAUUCCUCCAAUCCUCAAUCCAAUCGUCUACGCUGUCCGCACAAAGCAGAUCCGAGAAAGACUUCUCCAAAUCAUGAAAAUAGACGUGAAAAGCAGAUGA